GGAGCUGUCGUUGAUUUUCGCAGCCAUAUAAAAUGAGUCUCUCCAGCUUGCAGGGACAGCUCCAGGUGCCCAGCCACGAUGUGGAUACUCGUGCCAGUGGCUUUUGCAGGAAAGCUGUUGAAUGUUUUCAGACAGCAGCUGAGUUCCAUGUGGUGGACCCUGGUCCCGCUGUUCUUCUGGCUCAAGGCAACAUUUUGGUUGGCCGGUCCCCACAGGAGACAGCAGAAGCAGCAGGGUAAGGAAUCAAAAGAUGAGAAGCAAGAAGCAAAAGAAGAUCUGCCCACUACUCCCACCAGUGUCAACUACCACUUCACACGUCAGUGCAACUACAAAUGUGGCUUCUGUUUCCACACGGCCAAAACGUCCUUUGUCUUGCCCCUGGAGGAGGCCAAGAGAGGGCUGCUUUUGCUUAAGGAUGCAGGUAUGGAGAAGAUAAACUUUUCAGGAGGAGAACCAUUCCUUCAUGACCGAGGAGAAUACCUCGGCAAGCUGGUAAAGUUCUGCAAAGUGGAGCUACAGCUACCUAGUGUCAGCAUCGUGAGCAAUGGAAGCCUGAUCCGAGAGAGGUGGUUCAAAAAUUAUGGUGAGUAUUUGGACAUUCUUGCUAUCUCUUGUGAUAGCUUUGAUGAGCAAGUGAAUGUCCUUAUUGGUCGUGGUCAAGGAAAGAAGAACCAUGUUGAAAAUCUUCAAAAACUGAGGAAGUGGUGCAGGGAUUAUAGAGUGGCGUUCAAGAUAAACUCCGUCAUUAAUCGAUUCAAUGUGGAAGAGGAUAUGAACGAACACAUUAGAGCAUUAAACCCUGUCCGCUGGAAAGUCUUCCAAUGCCUGAUAAUCGAGGGUGAGAAUUCUGGCCCGGAUGCUCUGAGAGAAGCAGAAAGGUUCGUCAUUAGUGAUGAAGAAUUUGAAGGGUUCUUAGACCGCCACAAAGAGGUUUCCUGCUUGGUGCCUGAAUCUAACCAGAAGAUGAAAGAUUCCUACCUUAUUCUGGAUGAAUACAUGCGCUUUCUGAACUGUAGAAAUGGACGGAAGGACCCUUCUAAGUCCAUCCUGGAUGUUGGUGUAGAAGCAGCUAUAAAAUUCAGUGGAUUUGAUGAGAGGAUGUUCCUAAAACGAGGAGGGAAAUAUGUAUGGAGCAAAGCAGAUCUGAAGCUGGACUGGUAAAGCCGGAAGUGGAAGAAGCCUCUAGCCCAUCUGGAGGACACUAUUACCCAGGCUCAAAGUGUGGCUGUCAUCAUCAGCAAUACUAAGUGUUGGCCUUUCUUGGUUGUCAGGAACUGGAUUUUCUGUUAAACGUGACAUUUGGUUAUCUGUGGCAACUGAAGACUUAAGUAACUGGGAGAGUUAAAAUCCGUAGAUGAUGCAAGAACGUUGGCUUCAGUUAAACAGCUUAUUAUCUUAUUGCUAUUGAAAAAGCACCCCAGUUCUGGUACUUGAUUUACGUAAAAGAAGAAAAGUAAGAAGCACAACAAAAGCCUAGAUGAGCUACCUGUGUGCAGAUUUUAUAACCCAGUUCAAAGAAAUAAGCUAAAAUGAUAUUUGUAGAGUAAAUAUGUAAUCUGGAUUUGAUUUUUGUAAGCCACGCCCACUGUGAUCUCAGGAUUCCAGUUUGGAAGUACUGUUUUUCCAGUUUAUUCCUUUGAUACAGUCAGUUCUGUUCUGGUACAUAUUAUCGAGAUGCCAGUUUUCACAUCUGGAAAAAUGGCAAAAUCUCUUCUCUGUUUGUUUCUUUUUACUGUACCACACAGAAACCCUGGUGGCGUAGUGGUUAAGCAUUAUGGCUGUAAUCAAAAGGUCGGCAGUUCAAAUGCACCAGGCACUCCUUGGAAACUCUAUGGGGCAGUUCUACUCUGUCCUAUCGGGUCGCUACGAGUCGGAAUCGACUCGAUGGCAACGGGUUUGGUUUUGGUUCCUUUUUUACUGUACCACACGUUCCUUUUCUGCCUUUAUACUAUUGUAGCCUUUGACUUUUUACCCAGAAGUUUAGGAAUAAUCAACAGAUGUCUCUAACGGUAACGAUCUUACCAGCCUUCAAUGGGAUACAAAGAGGGGAGGAUAGGCGUAAAGAUGCUUUGGCUUGGUCCCUGCCCACCAUGACAAUUCAAGGAAUGCUGGUAAUCUUUGUUACUCCCCUUUCUCUUCAGAAGUUCUUACCAAACCAUGUUUUACAUUGUGUGAUGAAGCUGACAUGGGGUCAGUCAUUGGAUUAUUACGUGAACCUAUUAUUCAAGACACAUGAGUCUGACAACAAAAACAUGAGUUUAUUUGAGUAGAUCAUUGUCACUGUAACUCUGAUAAAUGACAGUGUUAUGAGUGGGCACGUGCUGUUCUAAGAAGCACCGAAGAAUCCUGGGAAAGAAUGCAGUGGAGAGUAUAGAAUAUAACUGGAUUUUAUGUAAAUAAAGCAUGGCACAAUUUAACAAUUCUCAAUUAACUCUGAAUCAAUUGAAAACCAAACCAAAACUGAACCCACUGCUGUCGAGUCGAAUCCGACUCAGCAACCUUUUAGGAUGGAGUAGAACUGCUCCAUAGAGCUUCCAAGGCUGUAAAUCUUUUAUGGAACCAGGCUGUUACAUCUUUCUCCCACAGAGCGGCUCGGGGGUUCCAACUGCAGACCGUUUAGUUAGCAGCUGCGUACUUAACUACCGAGCCACCAGUGCUCUCUGAAUCAAUUGAAACAAGGUAUAAUCUAGGUCAACGUGAAAAGGACCAGUGCUGCCUUUUUCUAGCACCGAAGAAAGAGCGCUCAGGAGAAACGUAACUUAAACUGGGUAAGGGGGAAAAAAAAUCCUAUUGUGGUAGAAAUAUCACAUACAGUUUCUUUAUGUAACUUAGUAUCUCAAGUAAUAGUUUCCUAUCAUUGUUGUAAAAAAAGCAAAAUCAUGGAAUGUUUUUGGCCCAGCAAGAAAACAGCAAAUUUUAAUUAAGCUGCAAUUCCAGUAUGGAUCACUAGGUGGCAUUUCAACGUCAGAGUCACUGAGCCAUGCAAAAAUUUUGCUUCAUAACCUGUCACAAUAAGAGAUAUUUUCAGGGUUUCAUGAUUUUGAAAGGUUUAGUUUUUGCAAUUUUUUGUUAGAAAAGAUAUUACUGCAGCACUGUUUAGGUCACCAUAAUUGAAUUGAAAAGUGUUUGCGACCUAUGUAAAAAUAGGAUAGGUUGUCCUGUAUUAUCCGUUGUAUUUUAAGAAAAGAGAAGAAUGCAUUAGAAAAAAUUUCUUCUAUGGGCAUUGAUAAUCUCUAAGCACUGAUGGCCUUCAUGUUGUCAGCAUCAACACAAAACACAUUUUUAAAAUUAAUACCUCUUCUUUCUUGAAAUGAGUGAAACUUGCUACUCACAUUAUUCAAUGAGAAAGGAAACUUAACAAAUGAAGAUCAUUUAUGUGAAAGCACUGAAAACAUUGUCAGAUAUACAGUAGAUUCUCAAUUAAUGUUAUUUGAAACCAAAUCUGAAUCUGAAAUUCCAAUCUUUUCAAUUUGAAUAUAUUUUCCUUUAGUGAAAGAAAACCACAAUUUUCUUUCCCUAAAGAGAAAUAUGGAGCCCUCCUCGUGCAGUGGUUAAGAGUUUGGCUGCUAACUGAAAGGACAACAGUUCAAAUCCACCAGCCGCCCCUUGGGAACCCCAUGGGGCAGUUCUACUCUGUCCGAUAGGGUUGCUAUGAGUUAGAAUGAACUUGAAGGGGAUAGGUUUGUUUUGCUUGUUAAGGAGAAAUAUGAAACCAAAAAACAAAAACCUGAACUUAAGAAACAAGCUAUUUUUAAUUCAUUUUCCAGCUAUUUUAUCCACUACCACUUUUCCCCACCCCACCGCCCCUUUGCUUAUUCACUGUCAAGAUUUGGCCUUAACGUUUAAAAUAUUCAAAUGUUUAUUUUUCUUGGGGGGCGGGUAUAAGGAAUUUUAGCAUUAGUGUAAAAUUCAAAUUUGGCUUAUAUAGCAUUUUGUUUUAUUUUUUCCAUUUUAAAUAUGAGAGUUAAGUUUAUGAAAUACAUUUCUUUUUACUGGGAAAACAAAGGAUAAUUUUAACUGAGGUAUCUCAAUUUAAGUGUUGGGGCAAAUGUUUUGUGGUGAUUUUAAUUAUUGUUUAAGUUUAUAUCAUAAUAACGUGAGUGAUAUUUUGUCUCAAGGAGUCUAGCAAGAUCAGAUAUUAUUAAUAAUAUAUUGGUUUAAAAAAGUACCAAUCAUCUCUAUUGGAAGAAAUACAGCCAGAGUGCUCCUUGGAAGCAAGGAUGGCGAGACUUCUUUUCAAGCACUUUGGACAUGUUAUCAGGAGGGGCCAGUCUCUGGAGAAGGACAUCAUUCUUGGUAGAGUGCCAGUGAAAGAGAGGAAGACCCUCAACGAGAUGGAUUGCCACAGGACCUGCAACAAUGGACUCAAAUAUACCAAUGGUUGUGAGGGUGACGUAGGACCCAGCAGUGUUUCGUUCUGUUGUACAUAGGGUCGCUAUGACAGUUGCCUAUUUUCUUUCACAUUUAAGGAUGAGUGAGACUAUUGUGGCUGAAUGAUCUGAAAUGUGGGCCAGGUUUUUUCUCUGUCUGGAGUUCAGAGCCUAGCUACUGGGGAGAUAGAGUCGUGGCAUGAAAACUACUGAACAAGGUAUUACCAUGGCUCUAUUAGGCAAUAAUUCAUUCAGUAUGCUACCGUCUUGACAAAAGGCCUCUGUUUAAUCAGUUGUGAUUGAUAGGGACAAAUUAUGCUAGAAGGUUUUAAGGCUUCGACUUGAGUGUGUAGAUGAGCUCUUAGCUUUUAGGGAAAUAUAUAUAUAUUUCUGUGUGUGAUGCUCUUAUAUAUUAAAAUAUUUUUUUGUACGUCUUCUCUCUAAGUGGCGUAUUUAAAGAAGCCUUUCCUUGGUGUGUGCUUAAAGUAAUUGUAUGUUUUUACCAACUGCCAUUGCUAAAGGCAAGUACACUUUAAAAAUCAAAAAUGUUAUCAAUAAUUAAUAAGUGUACUUCAGACAACUUGGCAACAAGAUUGAGGGGGAAUGAGCCACUGGGGAAAAUACUCUUUUUAUUCUAAAACGAAAGCCAACCUCUUGCACACCCAGCAACCGAAAACCUGAUCAUCUCAGAAAGAAUUCAUUCCUGGUUCUGGUGGGCAGGUGGCAGCAGUAAUAGCACCUCAGCCCUUGUUAUGAGUAGCAGUAGGUGUACCAUUCUGAGACCACCUUAGUCAGCAGCGCAAGACCAGGACAGUCAGUGCUAAGGUGAGUUAGACCAACUGAUUCAGAUAUGGUCCUUGUGAAGCUAGUGUCCUGAUUCUGGCGUUGUUCCAAUAAUAGUACGUGGCCAGAAGGGGUUCUCCAGGUUAUGGAAUGCCAGGGUAACAAGAGGUUCACACUGCAACUCUGAAGCCAGUCAGGCUAACUCUCCAACACAUGUAUCUGUCUGUGUAAGUGAACAGUCCACACUAAAGGAGGUGUCAAGUUCCCAGCCAACCACGUGGUCUGAGGACUUUAGAAGACUCACUGAUGGUAGGGAAACAAGGUUGGCUACAAAGAAGGGUCAACAUAGGAUCCUGGACUUAUGUGUUGAUCCAACAAAAGAGGGGCAGGCAUCUGAUAGCACAGUGUUCCAUGCAGUACAGAGUAUGUUCUAGCACCCCAGUUUCUAGCUGUCCAUUCCAUCCCCGACUCAUUAAAUGAACCCGGCUGGCCCUGCAAGCUGCUGGUGAGAGCAUGUAAGUAGGGCAUGCUUUCCCUUCCCUCCCUGCUGUUCCUCAGAUUCCUCUUCCCUGGCUCUCAGAACACAGGACUCUACAUUCCUGGCUCCAGUGUCCACCUCGUGCCCCGCUGACUCAAACAUCAGGCCCUGACAUACUGGUCCUCUGCAGACACGGAGCAUUCCCACAGACAUGAUUCUGAGCUUGACCGCUGAUUAUAAACACUCCUUCAAGAAGGACUUGACCCUCCCCCUUUUUCCUUUUCCAUCCCAGAUACAUGUCAACAUUGAAUGCCCUUUCCAGGAGACCGACAUCAAACACAGAACCUUGAAGACAGUGAAAGAGACACAAGGGGCAGCAUGAGGCCUCAAUAAUUAUGGCUGGGCUGCUGACAGCUCUGUUUGAAUGCACAACUCAAUUUCAAGUCCCCUGCUGAUAUUGUGUCCUAUCUGAGUCAAAAAAAAAAAAAAAUGAAGAAGAAA